CGAAGCCUUCUCGUUCUUCAUUCGCUCCCCCGAGAGCUUAAUGGCUCUUGAGACAUCGGAGCAAGCCUAAUCCGAUCAAGGAGAGCUCCGGCUGAGGGCCAUGAGUCGCGGAACGGGAGCCGGCUACGAUCGUCACAUCACAAUCUUCUCGCCCGAGGGCCGCCUUUACCAAGUCAAGUACGCGUUUCAGGCCGUCAAGGCCUCCGGGAUCACGUCGAUUGGAGUCCGAGGAGAGGAUUCCGUGUGCGUUGUCACCCAGAAGAAGGUCCCCGACAAGCCUUUGGAUCAGACCAGUGUCACGCGUCUCUUCCCCGUUACGAAGUACCUUGGAUUGUUAGCCACCGGGAUGACAGCUGAUGCAAGAUCAUUAGUCCAACAAGCAAGAAAUGAGGCAGCUGAAUUUAGUUUCAAAUGGGGAUAUGAGAUGCCUAUUGAUGUAUUAGCAACAUGGCUACAAGUGCUGGCUUGAAAGAACAAGAAGCAAUCAACUUGUUGGAGAACAAAAUGAAGAAUGAUCCAGCAUUCUCGUAUGAGGAAACUGUGCAGGACCCUUUGAUCCGUAAGCUCAGAUGGUGGUUCUCCUUAACGAAUCACUGGUUAGUAUAUAUGGUAUUUGGCUAAUCUUAUGUUGAUUAUUGCAGACUGCAAUAUCUGCUCUACAAUCAGUUCUGCUUAAGGACUUCAAAGCUACAGAGAUAGAGGUGGGAGUUGUCACAUGAUGAACCUGGCUCAUCAAAUAAAGGAUGUGAUUGAGAAAUAUCAAAGGUAGUGACAACAUAUCUUCCUUUUCUUGAAGGAUGCCUUUCAACUGCUUCAUCUAUCUCAGGUUGAUCAGAUAUUUAAUAUGCCUUCCUCAAUCAAUAUUAUGGUCCAUAUGACU